AUGCCGUGCGGUGUUAUUUCGUGCAGCAUUAACGACGACCGCUUUCUCUGGAAGUGCGAAUUCUGCAAUAAAAAAUACCAUGCUGCCUGUGUCGGAGUUCAAAGACAACGGGAGCAUUUCAUCUCCGCAUUUAUGGUACCAAUGUGUGCCGACUGCCAACCAACUUUACGGAAGGAAGUGGACGUAAGAAAGUUGCUUUAUCAACAGGAGCAACUAGUGGAUGCAAUCCAUUCACAAACGGACACUAACCAUCGCAUCGCUGCUGAUCUAAAAAAAUUCUGCUUAGUCUCAGAAUUAUUCGACAGCAUCGAGCACUUGCUCAACGAUGUAAAAGAAACGUUGGCAAAUGUAAAUAAAAACAACUCAAACAUGUGCAGCGCGGUCGGAAAGCACAUGAAGGCGUAUGACUCACAGUUGAAUAUGACAAUGACACACAUCAACGAGUCAAACUCAACUACUUCAGCCAACAUAAUUAAGCACUUGGACGAACGGCUAAAUUGCCUUAGGAACGACCUUGCAACACCAAUGAAGGAAGCGGAGCAGGAAAUUCCCCAAGGGACGGACAGCAGCAUUCUUCAUAUACUUGAGGAGGUAAAAUUAGUCAAGAACAACAACAAUAUCAACAGCAACUACAACACGAACAACAAAAGCAACAACAAUAUCAAGCACAACGUUACUCACAUCAAUAACAGGAACAACAACAAUAACAACAACAGCAACAGAAACAAAAACCAUAGAAACAGCAACAACCAUCCACAACUACCACUAGACAAAAACUUACUGGCUAUGGCGAAAACGCAAUUUUCUGGUCCACCAUCAUCCAUCGAACAUCCUAUUGCGGCCUUUCAACGACCACAUCAAAAGCACGGUUCAUCAGCUUCAAAAAAGGAGAGACAAUCAACGCAGAUCACUCUAACGUCAUGA